AUGCCGCCCCGAAUAACAGGCGUUCCGCGCCUUGGAGGUGCAUUGAACCUAUGCAUCCGUCCAGCUUCCAAGCCCUCAACACCCUCGCUCCUGCCCCUUACCCAGACGGCCUCAUUAUCCCAGAAAGAGAAGAAGAAGAUCGCAAAACAAGACCCGUAUCGAUGGGCGCAAAUGCAACAACGUAAAGCGGCCCACGCUGAAAUCAAGGAGAAGAUUGCCGCCGAACGCAGCGUCAAGCUGGGUGACCAGAUCCGCGGACUGACCACUCCUUUCGUGGAAUCCUUUGACAGCGCCGGCCAAGCACCGCUGUCUACUCCGCCAACAGACGAUGACGGCAACCCGCUCGAGGAGCCCCACAGUCUGCCCACGAGCCCGCACCUCCUGAACAACUUGGCCUCGAGGGAGGAGCUGAACAAGGCCAUCAAGCGGGCGUACACGCUGACGAAGCCCAUGGUCGAGCACCGGGACACUGUUGACCCGGAGAAGGAGAAUGAAGCCCUAGAAAAGCACACGCGGGACCACCUUAAGGCUAAGGAGGCGCUGAGCCGUAUCGUGCAUCUGGACAAUGGCAACGCGAAGGACAGACGGCACGCUAAUAUCCGUCGGUGCAUUGAGACUUUUGGGAGGCACAUAACGGACAAGAAAGUGAAGCAGAAGGCACUGUCGCGAGGAAUUGAAGAACAGGCAAGGCCUGUACGCGCGGGUCCCGACACGGGCAGCAGCGAGGUGCAGAUUGCCAUCUUGACUGCCAAGAUCCGAGCGCUGGCCAAUGAGCUCGAGAAAGGGAGAGGGUACAAGGACAAAGUGGGCAAGAGGGAUUUGAGGUUGAUGGUGCACAAGCGACAGAGGCUUCUGCGGUAUAUGGAAAGAAAGGAACGCGGCAGCGGGAGGUGGACACAUAUGAUUGAGACACUAGGACUUGGUGAAGCUACUUGGAAGAACCAGAUUACGUUCUAA